AUGUGCUACCACCACCAAAACCGUUCGAAAUACUCACAUCUGCACACGAGAAAAAGUUCGGAACUCUACGAGAGCUACCAAUGGCGUCAGCAUCGUGAAAAUCUCUUCAGCUACAGGGAGACGGAGACGCAUCACAUACGCCACCAUCCCGAGCUCAACGUACAAGAGAUACUUUGGCCGGUGAAAAAGGAAGCGGUCGUCGAGGGUAAUCUAGUUUUGGGCGGACUGAUGAUGGUACACGAGCGCGAGGAUUCCGUGACGUGCGGGCCGAUAAUGCCCCAAGGAGGAAUACAGGCGCUCGAGGCGAUGCUUUACACCUUGGACCGACUGAACGAGCCGAAAACCUCGUUUCUGCCAAACAUCACGCUAGGAGCUCACAUUCUGGAUGACUGUGAUAAGGACACGUACGGUUUGGAGAUGGCGGUGGAUUUCAUCAAAGGUAAGGACAUGCUAUUGUAG